AUGUAUCGUGAGGACUCCAACUUAAUUCUAGAAGAUGCUUUGUUAAGUGAUCAAUUAUUGUUCGAGUAUUCACCGGCAGAAAGCUUAAUAAACUUCGAGUUACCGACGACAUUUAACACAGAACUGGAGGAUUGGCAACUCAGUGAUUUGGACUUUCAUUGUGACGCGUUCCUUGGUAGCGUUAGUGACAGAACCAGGGAUGGAACCGUCGACACUUCACCUGUGCUAUUUGAUUUCGCAGAUUUAGACAAGAAUGCGAAUUUCGACGAUUACUUACUAGAAGCUCUAAGUUGUGAUCGCUCUGAUGAUGCAACACAAUUGGGAACUGACUCCACUGACAGUUGUGAAGAUGCAGCUCUUGGGCGACUUUCCGUAUUUGGGAUUGAUUUAGAAUCGACGUGUACGGAGAACUCAAUAUACACAUCAAAUUCGAUUAAAAGUGCUAGUGAAAAGAAAUGUAAUGGUGUGGAGGCCCAGUCACAGGUACGGUCGUUAGGUGAACCGACAUUUUGCCCGGAGUUAGGCGCAUUCCGUUGUCCGGUAGGCGAUUGCGGAAAGUUGUAUGCAAAAGCGUCUCAUGUAAGAGCACAUUUACGGCGGCAUAGCGGAGAAAAGCCGUACAAGUGUACGUGGGGAGGAUGCAGUUGGCGUUUUGCACGUUCGGACGAACUGGCACGGCAUCGCCGCAGCCACUCUGGAGACAAGCCGUACCGUUGCGGAGAAUGCGGCAAGAGAUUCGCACGUUCCGAUCACCUGGCUAAACACGGGCGCGUACAUGCUCGCCGAGCCGCCGCCGCACUUGCUAAACGACCUACUCCUUCACACUCAUAUCGAACUAGACGCUAUUUGUGA